AAACAAUUUCGUGUGUUGUGAGUUGUGACUGUGUGAGUGUUGAAUGUGUGCUCACUGAAAAUAGCACCGCCGUUUGUCAAACACACAAAUCAGCACGAGAGAUGUUUCAUCUUUCAGAGCGCUUUUGGAAUACAGUUUCUAAGGCAAAGCUUCGCCAACGUCUGUCAAUACUGCAAUGAACGAGGAAAAUAGUAGUAGGCCUAGCUCAGGGCAGCUUUGUUCUGCCAAAAACACUGAUGGCGAUGGGACUGAUUGUGGAAGUGAUGAACAUGGAAGUGGAAGUGUUGUCGCAACUUGUGAACCUUUAAGAGGAAACGCCAAUGAGUGCCCAGCUGCUGUGGUUUUAGUUACAGAGAAUGAUAAGCAAAGUUCUAAGGCAGAUGAGUCUUCAUUAAGAAACAAACCUGAUGAAGAUUGUAUGGUUGAUGGCCGAAGUAAUUGCGAGAAGAAUGACAAUCCCUUUGAUGUUGAUGAGCCUCACAUGCCUUGUAACUGCAAUCUCAAACCAAAUUAUGUAUGUCACCUGUCAGAUGAUCCUAAUGAAGAAGGAGAACAACAGACUUUGGAACAAAAAAUGUCUACCCUGACUGACAGAACAGCAACUGCUCUUGCUCCUGAUCCUAUGGAUAUGACUGUACUGAAGGCUCUAGAGGCUGCUGGGUGUGUCAAGAAAAUGGCUCUCCUACGACAAAAGUGUAAAGACCAAAAACAACAAUGGCAACAAGUCCGUGAACUUCCUGUUCAAGAUGCUUUGUGGAUUAUUGGAGAAUAUGAGAAUGUGUGUUAUGAAGAACAUCGUGAUGAUCAUGUCUUGCGUGUGAUGGCAGUUUUUGAAGUUCAUGGCAAUACUAAACAUCUCCUUGGGACAAGCAUAGGAUGGAGCAAAAUAAUGAAUUUCAAAACACAGCUCCUACAGCUACUUUGCUGUGCCUGCCUUGAACCUCUAGUGAAGGCUCCCAGAAGACCUCGAUUCUUACGGAUUAAAGCUUCACCUCAAUCACGCGGUCUCAACCUCAAUUUGAAGGGUGUCGGAAUUCAUGUGUUUUCCCCUCUGGUCACAGACAGUGCUAUUGCCAAUGCACAGAACCACAUCUCAGACAAAAUGUGGUUUAGGUCUUGUCAUGGAUGUGGGAGACGUGGAACAUCAGAAAUGUUUACCUCAUGUCCGGACUGUGAUGCUGUGCUCUUUUGUGAUGCAUAUUGUAGAGAUUAUUCUGACCACAGUAAAUGGUGUCCAUAUUUCAAGGUUUAUAUGGAGACUGAGGAGACAUUAGGAGAGUUUCCCUUAGCAUUUACAAAUGAAACAACUCAGAGACUGUACAAUGUGUUCAAGAAUCGUGAUUUUCUUAUGAGGCAUAAUAUAUACAAUAAAGGUAUAUGGAGGCGAGAAUGCAAACUACUCAUGGUCUCGCUCAUGGCAUUUGGCUUUGGGGAACUGGAUUGGCCAUCGGUUGAACCAUACGGCUUAAGCAAGGAAGACGCCAUCCUGAAGCAUCCACCCCAAAGAUCGAUACCAAGCCUGUCAAGACCAUUGACUGACUGGGCCUGCUACUAUGACUACCGAGGGUUUGAUCAUGAUUCUCCUGUGGCUGGAGUCUUGCACUAUGCCCUUACAUUAUACAGAAUCAUUGUCCACCAACUGCCUCUCAAUUAUCCUGCUGUGUUCAACAAAAUGAAACAAGAGAUGUUUUUGUGUGUCCAUGUCAUUGGAGCUGCAAAGGAAGCAGAUAUGUGGCACUCCUUUUUGGAAUGUGCUCGACUGCUGCGACCCAUCAGUCUCCACAUCUGUUUCAUCGGAAAUGAAAUUUCACCAGAUGCUCAUGACAGCUUUAAAGGGGAGGAAAAUCUCUGUGUGAGGUGUUUUUCCGGACUCUAUCAUGAGCUUCAAAGAUAUCCAAUGUUCCCUGAGGGUCACAUUGCAGUCUGUUUCAAUGCUGGACUGGGGGCUUAUGGAACCUACAAGAAAACAGUACAACAUUUAAUGUCCACAGGAAUGCCAUCCUUCUGCACAGACUACUGCCUUGCUAGCUAUGAGCAGAGCAGGAAAACAGUGAGAGUGCAGAGAAUGGCAGUACUGUCAGAGCCAAUGCUGAACCCCUUCCGCAGCCCAUUCCGAAUGGUGUUCACAGAUACAGAUCUUCCAAGAUACAGCAAUGCUAUUUUGUUUAACCUUUUACCUUACAGUGCCACAACAGCACCCAUGGUUUUUGUUCCUCGCAGCUUUUGUAAAAAUCAUAGCAAACAGGAAUGUACUUCUGAGGUUUAUAAACUCAGUCUACUGCCGGAUGAUUUGUAGUAUUUUCACUGGUUCCCUGACUCUUUCUACUCGUUGAUAUAUAUAUAUAUAUAUAUAUGUUUUGAUGUGAUCUCUUUAAUAUGAGGAAAAUUGAUGAAGAAGGUUACUAUAAGAGUAAUUUCAGUUUUUUGUUUCUUGAAGAGACUCUGCAUAUAUGUAAGAUGGUUUUCGUAUUUAAUUUUUUCUUUUUAAGAGACAAUAGUGCCCUCCACUUAGCACAACUUCAACCGCCCAGACAUUACUAUCAUGUAAACCCUUUAUUGUUAGCUGCAUGCAUGGUAAUGCAUUUGCUACUCAAAUUGGUUGUAUGUAUGUGUUGCUUACUAUGGGGCAGCCUCUUUGAGAGUGAAGUUAAGUGUCAUGUCUUUAUAGUUAACACUUCUCUGCCCCUGGCACUGUCAAACUGUCCUUUUUCUAAACUUUUUCGUGUACCCAAGUAUCUUUAGGCAUAAUAUGGUACCGUCACCUUCACAAAGGACGUUGUGUGAGGCAUGGACGAGUCUCUUUACCCUCGUCAUGCGGGGGCCGGGUUUAUGUCGCCCGAUAAGCCUAUUUCGACACCUCGCCUGCGUUCUGGUCCCGAGUCAGUCUAGCCCCUGGUUCAGCGCACGCGCACCGCGCAUCAUCUUACGUGAAAUUUGGGUCCCGAGUCGGAUCCCCAUUCACGCUGGUCAAAUGUGUGUGCGUCAGUCUGCUUGACUUUGUGUGUGUUUGUGGCCUUCUUCUAGCACCG